GCCCUUCUGGUUUGACGGCUAUAAAACAAUGUUUAGAUGAUAAAUUAGAUGUGAUAUGUUUUGAAAAAAAUCCACAUAUUGGUGGUCUAUGGAAAUAUGUCGAAAUAAAUGGUGAUGAAGAUCCACAUUCUUCUGUUUAUAAAAGUGUAAUAAUUAACACAUGCAAAGAAAUUAUGUCGUAUUCAGAUUUUCCAAUUCCUUAUGAUUGGCCUACUUAUUUACCAAAUUCAAUGGUGGCAAAAUAUUAUGAAAUGUAUGCAGAACAUUUCAAACUUCAUAAAUAUAUUAAAUUUGAUACAUCAGUUUUAAAUGUUUCACUUCUUCCUGAUAAAAAAUGGAAUAUUAAAUAUAUUGCAAAAAGUGAAGGAGUUGAAAAAGAAGAAAUAUUUGAUUAUGUCAUGGUUUGUACAGGUCAUCAUCAUAAAUAUAAAUUGCCUAAAUAUAAAGGAAUGGACAUAUUUGCUGGCCAGCAAUUACAUUCUCAUUUCUAUAGAAGACCAAGUCCAUUUGAAGAUAAACGUGUAAUUGUUGUAGGAGUUGGUAACAGUGGGAUGGAUAUAAGUGUUGAAUUGUCACAUGUUGCAUCUCAAGUUUAUCUAAUUUCACGCAGAGGAAAACUGCCAUGGAUUAUACCUCGUUUAGUUAUGAGUGGAACUCCAAUUGAUCAUUUAAAAACAAGGUUCAACUCAACUAUUAUACCAAGUUUUUUAUCAGAUUUUGUGACCAAAACAAUUAUAAAAAUGACAAUAGGAGCACCACCACCAGAAUUUCGGCCUAAAACUCAACCAUCACAAGCCCAUCCAUCUGUGAAAUCUGACUUUUAUGAACGUAUGGUAACUGGAACAAUCAAAGUAAAACCAAAUAUAGAAGAAUUGUUACCUGGAGAAAGCAGAUCAGUUAGAUUUGUUGAUGGCACUGUUGUUGAAAAUAUAGAUGCUAUAAUUUAUGCCACUGGAUAUUUAAUUGAUUAUCCAUUUUUGGAUAAAGAAAUCAUCAAUGGUGGUGAAAAGAUUUCCAGUCAAUUUGAAGAAGAGUACAGAGAAAAUUUGUCUUGGAUGUACAAAUUCAUAUUUCCACCUAAUUAUCCUAAUAUAGCAUUUAUAGGCUUAAUUCAACAAAUUGGUGCAGUCAUGCCAAUUAGUGAAGCACAAUCAAGAUGGGUCACAAGUAUGAUAAAGGGCUAUGCUGCACCUUUACCAUCAGUUGAAGAAAUGAAUAAAUCUAUUGGAAAAUAUCAUGAUGAAAUCCGUAAAAAAUAUUAUUCAUCUUCCAGGCAUACUAUCCAGUCAGAAAUGAUGCCUUACAUUGAUGAUUUGGCAAAACGAUUAAAUUUCUAUCCCUACUCACUAUCAAUUUUAAAGAAAUAUGGACUGGGAACUCUAUUUAAUGUUUGGUUUGGUUUACCAAGUCCUAUUCAGUAUCGAUUAAUUGGCAGACAAUCUUGGGAAGGUGCACCUGAAGCAUUAAGAAAAAUAAAUGAAAGAAAAUCUAAAAAGUCUAAAUCUUCUAAAUCAUUAAUUUUUGCAUUAAUUGUCAUUUUGUUUGUAUUUACAAAAAAAGGAUAUUUUAAUAGAAAUUGGUUAGCAUUAAAAUAA